UUGUUCAGUGCUAUUGGAGACACGGGACAGAACGGGGCCACCAAGUAUAGUGUCCACAGAAUCCUGAGGGAGGCCAAACAGAGGUAUGAGGAGAAGCUGGAGUCACACCAGCGGCAGAGGGGCAUCAGGGGACUGGCAGGGAUUGAGCUUACCCUCUGCUGUACUCACCGCACACCAAUCAUUAAGUUUGAUGAAAGAGCAGUGGUUAUUGGUCUGACCUCCAACAACAACGCGGAGGAGUACUUGAGGGAGAUGACCCACCUGGAGGAUUGGUUCAGAGACAACCUCCAGAACAUCAGUAAGACCAAGGAGCUGACUGUUGAGUACAAGAAGAAGCAGAUGGCAUACCAUCCACUCAGGAUCAGUCAUACCCAGAUGGAGAGAGUGGAGGGCAUCAAGUGCCUGGGUGCCAACAUCACAAUGGACCUGAUGUGGUCCUGUCAAAUCAAAACCUUGGUAAAGACAGCUCGACAGUGUCUCCUCUCCCUCAGAAGUCUGAGGGACUUCAAGCUCCCUCUCACGGUGCUCAGGAACUUUUACACCUGCACCAUUGAAAGAGUUCUUCCUGGGAGCAUUGCCAUCUGGAUGUGCAGCAGCACCCAGCUGGACUUUUUGGGCCUGAGGAGGCACCAUCAGAACCAACCUCCCAAACCCGCAUGA